AUGCUGGCGACGAUGGGUUACAUCACGCCCGAAAUCACCGGCAAGCUGCCCGGCUAUUUGUCGCCGUCGGCUGGCCUGAAGUUCGCGGACAUCCCGAAUGGGCUCGGGGCGAUCUCCAAGGUUCCCGCGGCGGGCUGGGCGCAGAUCGUGGCGUACGGCGCGUUCUGCGAGCUGUCCCAGGACCAGUCCGCUGGCACCGCUGCCGCCGCAGGCGACUUCGGCUUCAAGGUGCUGACGUCCAGUGACGCCGGGGAGAAGCAGAAGAAGUUGGCGGCAGAGAUUGCCAACGGCCGCCUUGCCAUGAUGGCUAUCAUCGGAAUGUUUUUCCAGGACGGUUUGACUGGCUCCGCGUGGGGCGACUGGGCGCUCUACACCGGAUCCCCGCUGCGCGCGUUCGAGAGCGAGCUGGGCGUGCAGGACCCCGUGGGCUUCUGGGACCCUGCCGGGUUCACGGCGGAUGGUAGCACGGAGAACUUCGCCAGGAGGCGCCAGACAGAGCUCAAGCACGGCCGCGUGAGCAUGCUGGCGACGAUGGGUUACAUCACGCCCGAAAUCACCGGCAAGCUGCCCGGCUAUUUGUCGCCGUCGGCUGGCCUGAAGUUCGCGGACAUCCCGAAUGGGCUCGGGGCGAUCUCCAAGGUUCCCGCGGCGGGCUGGGCGCAGAUCGUGGCGUACGGCGCGUUCUGCGAGCUGUCCCAGGACCAGUCCGCUGGCACCGCUGCCGCCGCAGGCGACUUCGGCUUCAAGGUGCUGACGUCCAGUGACGCCGGGGAGAAGCAGAAGAAGUUGGCGGCAGAGAUUGCCAACGGUCGCCUUGCCAUGAUGGCUAUCAUCGGAAUGUUUUUCCAGGACGGUUUGACCGGCUCCGCGUGGGGCGACUGGGCGCUCUACACUGGAUCCCCGCUGCGCGCGUUCGAGAGCGAGCUGGGCGUGCAGGACCCCGUGGGCUUUUGGGACCCUGCCGGGUUCACGGCGGAUGGUAGCACGGCGAAUUUCGCCAGGAGGCGCCAGACAGAGCUCAAGCACGGCCGCGUGAGCAUGCUGGCGACGAUGGGUUACAUCACGCCCGAAAUCACCGGCAAGCUGCCCGGCUACUUGUCGCCGUCGGCUGGCCUGAAGUUCGCGGACAUCCCGAAUGGGCUCGGGGCGAUCUCCAAGGUUCCCGCGGCGGGCUGGGCGCAGAUCGUGGCGUACGGCGCGUUCUGCGAGCUGUCCCAGGACCAGUCCGCUGGCACCGCUGCCGCCGCAGGCGACUUCGGCUUCAAGGUGCUGACGUCCAGUGACGCUGGGGAGAAGCAGAAGAAGUUGGCGGCAGAGAUUGCCAACGGUCGCCUUGCCAUGAUGGCUAUCAUCGGAAUGUUUUUCCAGGACGGUUUGACUGGCUCCGCGUGGGGCGACUGGGCGCUCUACACCGGAUCCCCGCUGCGCGCGUUCGAGAGCGAGCUGGGCGUGCAGGACCCCGUGGGCUUCUGGGACCCUGCCGGGUUCACGGCGGAUGGUAGCACGGAGAACUUCGCCAGGAGGCGCCAGACAGAGCUCAAGCACGGCCGCGUGAGCAUGCUGGCGACGAUGGGUUACAUCACGCCCGAAAUCACUGGCAAGCUGCCCGGCUACUUGUCGCCUUCGGCUGGCCUGAAGUUCGCGGACAUCCCGAAUGGGCUCGGGGCGAUCUCCAAGGUUCCCGCGGCGGGCUGGGCGCAGAUCGUGGCGUACGGCGCGUUCUGCGAGCUGUCCCAGGACCAGUCCGCUGGCACCGCUGCCGCCGCAGGCGACUUCGGCUUCAAGGUGCUGACGUCCAGUGACGCUGGGGAGAAGCAGAAGAAGUUGGCGGCAGAGAUUGCCAACGGUCGCCUUGCCAUGAUGGCUAUCAUCGGAAUGUUUUUCCAGGACGGUUUGACUGGCUCCGCGUGGGGCGACUGGGCGCUCUACACCGGAUCCCCGCUGCGCGCGUUCGAGAGCGAGCUGGGCGUGCAGGACCCCGUGGGCUUCUGGGACCCUGCCGGGUUCACGGCGGAUGGUAGCACGGAGAACUUCGCCAGGAGGCGCCAGACAGAGCUCAAGCACGGCCGCGUGAGCAUGCUGGCGACGAUGGGUUACAUCACGCCCGAAAUCACCGGCAAGCUGCCCGGCUACUUGUCGCCUUCGGCUGGCCUGAAGUUCGCGGACAUCCCGAAUGGGCUCGGGGCGAUCUCCAAGGUUCCCGCGGCGGGCUGGGCGCAGAUCGUGGCGUACGGCGCGUUCUGCGAGCUGUCCCAGGACCAGUCCGCUGGCACUGCUGCCGCCGCAGGCGACUUCGGCUUCAAGGUGCUGACGUCCAGUGACGCCGGGGAGAAGCAGAAGAAGUUGGCGGCAGAGAUCGCCAACGGUCGCCUGGCCAUGAUGGCUAUCAUCGGAAUGUUCUUCCAGGACGGCUUGACCGGCUCCGCGUGGGGCGACUGGGCGCUCUACACCGGAUCCCCGCUGCGCGCGUUCGAGAGCGAGCUGGGCGUGCAGGCCCCUUUCGGGUACUGGGAUCCGGCUGGGCUGAGCAAGGACGGCGACACGGAGGCGUUCAAGAGGCGCCGCGUCACCGAGAUCAAGCACGGUCGCGUAUCCAUGUGGGCGUGCAUGGGCUACAUCACUCCUGAGUAUUUCAAGUGGCCUGGCUACUGCUCGCCGUCUAAGGGCCUCAAGUUCGCGGACAUCCCCAACGGUCUUGCGGCGCUGUCCAAGGUCCCUGGAGCGGGCUGGUGCCAGAUCUUCCUGUUCUGCGGCCUGCUCGAGAAGGGCCUGUUCGUGUACGACCCGUCGAGGGCUCCAGGCGAUUACGAGAACGGUGGCGUGCUGGGCGUGCCCAACGGCAGUACUUUGCCUGCUGGGGAGCUCAAAUCCCGCAAGCUGAAUGCCGAGAUCGCUAACGGAAGGCUGGCGAUGAUGGCGAUCAUAGGCAUGUUCUAUCAGGAUGGUUUGACUGGGUCUGCAUGGGGUGAUUGGGAGUUGUACACAGACUCGCCGCUUCGAUAA